AUGGCGCGGGGAAAGGCGUUUGGGGCUGCGUUUAGCACCCAGCAAGCACUCGAGGUUCCAGAGACCAGAGACCCGCUGAAAGCCACAGGGCACCUCGUGGCUGAGCCAGGAUUCAGCGGCUGUGGGGAACCCAGUGCCCCAGAGAAAGGUGAAGGGGUCCCGCCCGCAGGCCCUGCCCCAGAUCCCGGCCCCACCCUGGCCCCAGCAUCCGUGCCCAUGCCCACCGCCAAAGUGGGGCACCUGGCCCCUGGGAGCUACCGGCUGGUGGUCUUUGAGCUGGAGAACUUCCAGGGCCCCCAGGUGGAAUUCUCCAGGGAGUGCUUGAACCCGGGAGACCGCGGCUUCGACGGAGUGCGCAGCCUCAUCGUCACCUCUGGACCCUGGUCACCUUUGAGCAUCCGACUUCCAAGGGGAAACGUUCGUCCUGAGAAGGGCCAGUACCCGCCCUGGGACACCUGGUCCAGCAGCUACCGCAGCGACCGGCUCAUGUCCUUCCGACCCGUCAGGAGGGCUCUGUGCUGGGUAGGGUAUCAGUAUCCCUGCUACCUCGGGGACCAGUACCUGCUGGAGCCUGGUGACUUCCGGCACUGGAAUGAAUGGGGAGCCCUCCAGCCUCAGAUGCAGGCCCUGCGCCGCCUUCGGGACAGGCAGUGGCAUCUCGAGGGCUGCUUCCCUGUCCUGGCGGCGGAGCCCCCCAAGUGA